AUGGGCUCUCUGCGGGGCCGCUGCCAGCUGGCACCCAUGGGUGCUGCCAAGGGCCUGCCGCUGCUGGAUUGCCCUCCGGGGGGAGAGUCCUGUGCAAAGCUGGUGACGGGGUGUCCCUGGGGAGCCACGCACCGGGAGGAGGAAUAUGCACAAGAAACUGCUGGUAACUCUGCAGCUUUCUCCUACGGGUUGUCAGAAGCCGGCAGGUACCUUCCUGGGCCUCGUGGGGAUGCAGGGACAGGCAGGGACCCAGCGGAGCCCUCAACAGACGUGGCUGCCACUGGCUGGGGGUGCAGCACGGCCAAACCCGGCAGCAGCAUCGUCCCGGCGCUGGGGCCAGCCGCGUGCUGGCAGCUUGACUCCAGCCACCUCACACCCCCCCUCACUGCAGGGGUGUCCUGGUCGGACCUGCCGCACCAGGGCAGAAGGGGACGUUCAGAGGGCUCUCGGGAUGCUGGUGCUCCAGCUUCGGGCUCCACAGGCACAGUCCCUGCCAGAGCUCUCUUCUGGGAUGCCAAAACCCAGCAGGACCGAGAUGAAAAGAAAAAUUUUCAUGUUUUUGAGGGGGACGACCCCACUGGGGAGUUUCUGUCGGAGCUGUGGCUGCCUCCCCAGCACUCCGGGCUGGUGGUGGGUACGGCGGCAGACCUGCCCCUUGGGGGGCAGAGGUACAACAUCUGGCAUGAGCUGGGAGUGCGAGAGGCACCGGCCAGCCCAAGGGGCACCGGCCAGUCCCAGGUGCCAUGCAGGGGACCCCAGGGGCCGCAGAGAAGCCUGAUGCUCUCACCCAGCCGGAGGGUGACCCCUGUCCCUCGCCACCCCCCCAACACAUCCCAGAUCUCCUUCAGCAGCUGCAGCAGGUCCCUGAUGGAUGCGCAGAACUUGCGAAUCGAGGAGCUCCUGCAGAAGAUCAAGCAGCAGCAGUACAAGCUGGACAAGCAGAAUCUGCAGAUUAAAAGCCUGCAGAGCAAGGUCAAUCUACUGAUCCCCUUACACCUGAAAGACAACAAAACACAGUCUCCAAAGUGGAAGAUGAACCUGAAGAGCCUCAGCCUCACUAACCAGAGCCAAAAUGCUAGUGGGGAGCCCGUGCUGACACAGAAGCUCCCAGAGGAUUGCCACCAGCUCUUCCUGGCCGGGCAGCAAAGCAGUGGUGUUUUCCAGGUGCAGCCUGCAGGGGCUCAGCCCUUCAGAGUCUACUGCGACAUGACCGCAGAAGGUGGCUGGACAGUGAUCCAGAGGCGCACAGAUGGUUCUGUGGACUUCGACCAGCUUUGGGAUGCCUACAAGAAUGGCUUUGGAGACCUUCAUGGUGACUUCUGGCUGGGCCUGGAGAAGAUCCAUCACCUUGUCCAAGAGGGAAGGUACAAUCUCUUGAUUGAGCUGGAAGACUGGGAGGGAAAUUCCCAGGUGGUUCAGUUUGUCUUCAGCCUUGGUGGUGAGAGCACAGCCUACAUGCUCAGUCUGCUGGGACCUCUGUCUGGAGAGCUGGAGAAUGCCAUUGGGGACUUCAGGCAGCUGCCCUUCUCCACUCGGGAUCGCGACCAUGACCUCAAAGCUGACACAAACUGUGCCAAGCACCUUUCAGGUGGCUGGUGGUUCAGCACCUGCGGCCAUGCCAACCUCAACGGGAAGUACUUCCGCUCCAUCCCCCGCCAGAGGCACGAGCGCAAGCAGGGCAUCUUCUGGAAGACAUGGAAGGGCAGGUAUUACCCGCUGAAGUCAACCACCAUGAAAAUCCAACCUGCAGCACUGGAAGCAGAGCCCUAAAACUGCCACUUGAGACUUGACCUUCUCUGUGGAGCACUGCCCUGAGCUCCGUCACUUGGUGUUUACAGAAAACAAACCCAUCCUCCCCGGGACGUCCCCCGAGGAGCGUUUCUCUUGGUUAGCAGACCAUUAGUGGCAUGACGCAGCUCCUCGCUGUAAGUAAAACAGCUCCAUGUCGUUGGAACCCCGGGAUGGGAGCUCCCAAACCAGAAGAGGAGCCACCAGCAGGGAGAUCCACCUCCAGAGCAUUCACAAGGGUCUUCCAACCUGCCACGUGCUGCUGCAGCAAGUUCAAGUUGUCUGGUGCUUUCUGUCCUGUCUGAACACUUCUGUAACGGUUUUGAUGAGCUGGGGCUGGGGGGAAGGGGAGCGUGUGAAGUGUUUCACUACCCUGGACCCAGGAGUUGGGCACGGAGCCUUGCUGUGCCCUGUCUUUCGCUGUUGUUCCCAAAUGAUGUCCUACGUACCUUUGUGUGAGAGCCCCCAAAGCCCCCUUCCCCUCCUGGUCCGUGCGGCAGCGAGCCUUGGGCAGCUCCAUCUGCGCAGCCCCUGCUCUGGUGACUUCAGCCCUCUGAGAACAUGGGUGCUGGUGAAGGACACCCUGUGCAGACAGGGACCUCGGGCUCACUUCCCCAUCAGCUUCAAAGCCCUUUAUUUCUGUCCGCGGUGGGAUUUGCUGGGAGCCGGGGAAACUGCUUCCUGCUGCAGGAGAUGAUGGGUGGGAUGCUGCCGCCGGCUGCAUGAGGGCCAGAUCCUGGAGGGCUGGGUCUUAAGCUCUGCCUGGAGCCUACCGUUGUUACCGGGGGUGGUUAGGACAAGCACUAGGACAGCACAGGUACUGAGCAGUGGCUGUCCCUGGGCAGCACCAGCCCUGCUCUCAGCUGUAAAUCCCCCUCUCCCAACAGCCUUCCUGUCAUUUGCGGAGUGAAUAGCACUGUCCCACGUGCAUGCCCCAGAUCUCGCUCUAAAGGGCCAGGGGAAAACGGGGGGUUUUGGCAAGAGCCACACUGCCCUGUCGGGUACGUACCCUGAUGUACGGGACCGCCUCUGCCUUUGGGGUGGGUGUCUGCGGAGAGGUGGGCAAAACAGGUCCCCAAAAACUGUUACAGGCCAAGCUGCCGUCUCGGGGCUUCCCGAGCAUCCUCCCCUAUUGAAGUCAUAUUGACUACUGUGCUAGAGCUCCUAGCUGCUAAAUAUUGUACAUAGUUCAUUUGUAGGAUGUUGGAUCUUGUCGACGAAUUUCCUGUUUUAAUUUGUUUCCAUAUUUAAAUGUGGUGUUAAUAACGAUGUGUUGUAAUUUAUAAAUGUUUAUGCUGGGAAAAAAAAAAACAACCAACAACUGUAGUUUGUG